CCCGCCCCAUUCUCCCGCUUUCCAUCACCCCUCCCCUUUCUCCCACUUUCCAUCUCCCCGCCCCAUUCUCCCGCGUCCCAUCACCCCGCCCCAUUCUCCCGCUUUCCAUCACCCCGCCCCAUUCUUCCGCUUCCCAUCAUCCUGCCCCAUUCCCCCGCUUUCCAUCACCCCUCCCCAUUCUCCCUCCUUCCAUCACCCCGCCCCAUUCUCUCGCUUUCCAUCACCCCGCCCCAUUCUCCCGCUUUCCAUCACCCCGCCCCAUUCUCCCGCUUUCCAUCACCCCGCCCCAUUCUUCCUCCUUCCAUCACCCCGCCCCAUUCUCCCGCUUUCCAUCACCCCGUCCCAUUCUCCCUCCUUCCAUCACCCCGCCCCAUUCUCCCUCAUUCCAUCACCCCGCCCCUUUCUCCCGCUUUCCAUCACCCCGCCCCAUUCUCCCGCUUCCCAUAACCCCACCCUAUUCUCCCGCUUUCCAUCACCCCGCCACAUUUUCCCACUUUCCAUCACCCCGCCCCCUUCUCUCUCCUUCCAUCACCCCGCCCCAUUCUCCCUCCUUCCAUCACCCCGCCCCAUUCUCCUGCUUUCCAUCAGCCCGCCCAAUUCUCCCGCUCCCGCCCCAUUCUCCCGCUUUCCAUCACCCCGCCCCUUUCUCCUGCUUUCCAUCACCCCGCCCAUUUCUCCCGUUUUCCAUCACCCUGCCCCAUUCUCCCGCUUUCCAUUACCCCGCCCCAUUCUCCCACCUUCCAUCACUCCGCCCCAUUCUCCCGCUUUCCAUCACCCCGACCCAUUCUCCCACUUUCCAUCACCCCGCCCCAUUCUCCCUCCUUGCAUCACCCCGCCUCAUUCCCCCUCCUUCCAUCACCCCGCCCCAUUCUCCCGCUUUCCAUCACCCCGCCCCAUUCUCCCGCUUUCCAUCACUUAGCCCCAUUCUCCCGCUUUCCAUCAUCCCGCCCCAUUUUUCCGCUUUCCAUCAUCGCCCCAUUCUCCCGCUUUCCAUCACCCUGCCCCAAUCUCCCGCUUUCCAUCACCCCGCCCCAUUCUCCCUCCUUCCAUCCCCUUGCACCAUUCUCCCGCUUUCCAUCACCCUGCCCCAAUCUCUCGCUUUCCAUCACCCCACCCCAUUCUCCCUCCUUCCAUCACCCCGCCCCAUUCUCCCGCUUUCCAUCACGCAGCCCCAUUCUCCCGCUUUUCAUCACCCUGCCCCAUUCUCCCGCUUUCCAUCACCCCGCCCCAUUCUCCCGCUUUCCAUCACCCCGCCCCAUUCUCCCUCCUUCCAUCACCCCGCCCCAUUCUCCCUCCUUCCAUCACCCCGCCCCAUUCUCCCUCCUUCCAUCACCCGCCCCAUUCUCCCGCUUUCCAUCACCCCACCCUGUUCUCCCGCUUCCCAUAACCCCACCCCCUUCUCCUGCUUUCCAUCACCCCGCCCCAUUCUCCCGAUUUCCAUCACCCCGCCCCAUUCUCCCUCCUUCCAUCACCCCGCCCCAUUCUCCCGCUAUCCAUCAGCCCGCCCCAUUCUCCAGCUUUCCAUCACCCUUUCCCUUUCUCCCGCUUUCCAUCUCCCCGCCCCAUUCUCCCGCUUUCCAUCACGCAGCCCCAUUCUCCCGCUUUUCAUCACCCUGCCCCAUUCUCCCGCUUUCCAUCACCCCGCCCCAUUCUCCCGCUUUCCAUCAGCCCGCCCCAUUCUCCAGCUUUCCAUUACCCCUCCCCUUUCUCCCGCUUUCCAUCUCCCCGCCCCAUUCUCCCGCUUUCCAUCACCCCGCCCCAUUCUCCCGCUUUCCAUCACCCCGCCCCAUUCUUCCUCCUUCCAUCACCCCGCCCCAUUCUCCCGCUUUCCAUCACCCCGCCCCAUUCUCCCUCCUUCCAUCACCCCGCCCCAUUCUCCCUCAUUCCAUCACCCCGCCCCUUUCUCCCGCUUUCCAUCACCCCGCCCCAUUCUCCCGCUUCCCAUAACCCCACCCUAUUCUCCCGCUUUCCAUCACCCCGCCACAUUUUCCCACUUUCCAUCACCCCGCCCCCUUCUCUCUCCUUCCAUCACCCCGCCCCAUUCUCCCUCCUUCCAUCACCCCGCCCCAUUCUCCCGCUUUCCAUCAGCCCGCCCCAUUCUCCUGCUCCCGCCCCAUUCUCCCGCUUUCCAUCACCCCGCCCCUUUCUCCUGCUUUCCAUCACCCCGCCCCAUUCUCCCGUUUUCCAUCACCCUGCCCCAUUCUCCCGCUUUCCAUCACCCCGCACCAUUCUCCCACCUUCCAUCACUCCGCCCCAUUCUCCCGCUUUCCAUCACCCCGACCCAUUCUCCCACUUUCCAUCACCCCGCCCCAUUCUCCCUCCUUCCAUCACCCCGCCUCAUUCCCCCUCCUUCCAUCACCCCGCCCCAUUCUCCCGCUUUCCAUCACCCCGCCCCAUUCUCCCGCUUUCCAUCACUUAGCCCCAUUCUCCCGCUUUCCAUCAUCCCGCCCCAUUUUUCCGCUUUCCAUCACCCCGCCCCAUUCUCCCGCUUUCCAUCACCCUGCCCCAAUCUCCCGCUUUCCAUCACCCCGCCCCAUUCUCCCUCCUUCCAUCACCCCGCCCCAUUCUCCCGCUUUCCAUCACCCUGCCCCAAUCUCUCGCUUUCCAUCACCCCACCCCAUUCUCCCUCCUUCCAUCACCCCGCCCCAUUCUCCCGCUUUCCAUCACGCAGCCCCAUUCUCCCGCUUUUCAUCACCCUGCCCCAUUCUCCCGCUUUCCAUCACCCCGCCCCAUUCUCCCGCUUUCCAUCACCCCGCCCCAUUCUCCCUCCUUCCAUCCCCCCGCCCCAUUCUCCCGCUUUCCAUCACCCUGCCCCAAUCUCUCGCUUUCCAUCACCCCACCCCAUUCUCCCUCCUUCCAUAACCCUGCCCCAUUCUCCCUCCUUCCAUCACCCCGCCCCAUUCUCCCGCUUUCCAUCAGCCCGCCCCAUUCUCCCGCUUUCCAUCACCCCGCCCCUUUCUCCCGCUAUCCAUCUCCCUGCCCCAUUCUCCCGCUUUCCAUCUCCCCGCCCCAUUCUCCCGCUUUCCAUCACCCCGCCCCAUUCUCCCGCUUCCCAUCAUCCCGCCCCAUUCCCCUGCUUUCCAUCACCCCUCCCCAUUCUCCCCUCUUCCAUCACCCCGCCCCAUUCUCCCGCUUUCCAUCACCCCGCCCCAUUCUCUCACUUUCCAUCACCCCGCCCCAUUCUCCCGCUUUCCAUCACCCCGACCCAUUCUCCCGCUUUCCAUCACCCUGCCCCAUUCUCCCUCCUUCCAUCACCCCGCCCAAUUCUCCCGCUUUCCAUCACCUCGCCCCAUUCUCCCUCCUUCCAUCACCCCGCCCCAUUCUCCCUCAUUCCAUCACCCCGCUCCAUUCUCCCGCUUUCCAUCACCCCUCGCCAUUCUCCCGCUUCCCAUAACCCCACCCCAUUCUCCCGCUUUCCAUCACCCCGCCACAUUUUCCCACUUUCCAUCACCCCGCCCCCUUCUCUCUCCUUCCAUCACCCCGCCCAAUUCUCCCUCCUUCCAUCACCCCGCCCCAUUCUCCCGCUUUCCAUCAGCCCGCCCCAUUCUCCAGCUUUCCAUCACCCCGCCCCUUUCUCCCGCUUUCCAUCUCCCCGCCCCAUUCUCCCGCUUUCCAUCAGACCGCCCCAUUCUCCCGCUUUCCAUCACCCCGCCCCAUUCUUCCGCUUCCCAUCAUCCCGCCCCAUUCCCCCGCUUUCCAUCACCCCUCCCCAUUCUCCCUUCUUCCAUCACCCCGCCCCUUUCUCCCGCUUUCCAUCUCCCGCCCCAUUCUCUCGCUUUCCAUCACCCGCCCCAUUCUCCCGCUUUCCAUCACCUCGCCCCAUUCUCCCGCUUUCCAUCACCCCGCCCCAUUCUUCUGCUUUCCAUCACCCCGCCCCAUUCUCCCGCUUUCCAUCACCCUGCCCCAUUCACCCGCUUUCCAUCACCCGCCCCAUUCUCCCGCUUUCCAUCACACCGCCCCAUUCUCCCGCUUUCCAUCACCCCGCCCCAUUCUCCCGCUUUUCAUCACCCCGCCCCAUUCUCCCGCUUUCCAUCACCCCGGCCCAUUCUCUCGCUUUCCAUCACCCCGCCCCCUUUUUCCUCUUUCCAUCACCCCGCCCCAUUCUCCCUCCUUCCUUCACCCCGCCCCAUUCUCCCGCUUUCCAUCACCCUGCCCCAUUCCUCCGCUUUCCAUCACCCCGCACCAUUCUCCCACUUUCCAUCACCCCGCCCCAUUCUCCCGCUUUCCAUCACCCUGCCCCAUUCUCCCGCUUUCCAUCACCCCGCGCCAUUCUUCCGCUUUCCAUCACCCCGCCCCCUUCUCCCUCCUUCCAUCACCCCGCCCCAUUCUCCCUCCUUCCAUCACCCCGCCCCAUUCUCCCGCUUUCCAUCAGCCCGGCCCAUUCUCCCGCUUUCCAUCACCCCGCCCCUUUCUCCCGCUUUCCAUCUCCCUGCCCCAUUCUCCCGCUUUCCAUCACCCUGCGCCAUUCUUCCGCUUUCCAUCACCCCGCCCCCUUCUCCUUCCUUCCAUCACCCCGCCCCAUUCUCCCUCCUUCCAUCACCCCGCCCCAUUCUCCCGCUUUCCAUCAGCCCGGCCCAUUCUCCCGCUUUCCAUCACCCCGCCCCUUUCUCCCGCUUUCCAUCUCCCUGCCCCAUUCUCCCGCUUUCCAUCACCCCGCCCCAUUCUCCCUCCUUCCAUCACCCCGCCCCAUUCUCCCGCUUUCCAUUACACGCCCCAUUCUCCCGCUUUCCAUCACCCCGCCCCAUUCUCCUGCUUUCCAUCACCAAGCCCCAUUCACCUGCUUUCCAUCACCUGCCCCAUUCUCCCACUUUCCAUCACCCCGCCCCAUUCUCCCGCUUUUCAUCACCCCGCCCCAUUCUCCCGCUUUCCAACACCCCGCCCCAUUCUCCCGCUUUCCAUCACCGCGCCCCAUUCUCCCGCUUUCCAUCACCCCGCCCCAUUCUCCCUCCUUCCAUCACCCCGCCUCAUUCUCUCUGCUUCCAUCACCCCGCCCCAUUCUCCCGCUUUCCAUCACCCUGCCCCAUUCUCCCGCUUUCCAUCUCCAGGACCACGCAAGCUCUAAGACCAGGUAA